AUGGUCUUUGCAAGGUCAUCAGCACUUCGCGCCGUUGCGCGCCAGGGACGCAACUUCUCGUCCACUUUGACCAGCCGAGCUGCUGCUCCCGAAAAGGCUUCAUCCGCUAUCAACGAUAUCUCGAAAAAGGCCCAGGAGCUCGGCGGUCCCGUGAUCAAGCGUGUUGAAGGCUUGCUUGGAGGCUACUCGGAGCCGAUCAAGUACAACCUCUCGGUAGCAGGCUCGAUCGCCAAGCAGGUGUACGUCGCUGAAGCGCUCGCUCCUCCCACCUCGCUCAACUCGAUCACCUCGGCUUACCGUCAGAUCUGGUCGAAAGCCUCGGACAAGUCUUACUGGACGCAGCUCCUCACAAAGGGCGACUGGAAGCGUGUCGGCAUCUACGCCGUCGAGGCUUACGGCAUCUUCACCAUCGGCGAGAUGAUCGGCCGCAGAUCGCUCGUUGGCUACAAGCUCGACACCCCCAAGCAUGCUCACCACUAG